GGGACUGCCCUGCUGUCACCGAGGCCUGCCCGGCAGCGUCCCAGGGGCGCCCUGGCCGGUUUGGGGUGAGCGGGGCAGCGCGGGAGACGUUCCUGCCCUGCCGCCAUGCCUCCUGGAAAGGGUGGCAGGAAGGAAGCCUUGGUGCUGCAGUGCGAGUGGGAGGUUUGUUCCUACGUGGCCUCGAGGAUGGAGGAGUUCUGUGAGCAUGUGGCCCAGCACUUGCAGCAGCACCUUCCCAGGGAAAACCGGGACAAGGUGGACCCUCUCGAGGAAUACGCAUGUCUGUGGCAGGAAUGUGGUUUCUGUUCGCCAGAAAGCUCAGCUGACCUCAUCCACCACGUCUAUUUCCACUGCUACCACACCAAGCUGAAGCAGUGGGGGCUCCGGGCUCUGCAGAGCCAGUCAGACGUGAGCUACUGCCAGCUGGAUUUCCAGAGCCGCAAUAUCAUCCCUGAGAUCCAGGAUAACUUCCUAUGUCUGUGGGAGUACUGUGAGAGGUCGUUCGAUAAUCCUGAGUGGUUCUAUCGGCAUGUGGAGGAUCACAGUUUCUGUUCUGAGUACAAAGCAGCAGGGAAGGAGAACCGUGUGGUCCUUUGUGGCUGGAAAGACUGUGAUUGCACCUUCAAAGGGCGCUGCAAGCUGCGGGAGCACCUGCGCAGCCACACGCAGGAGAAGGUGGUGGCCUGUCCUACCUGCGGGGGGAUGUUUGCCAACAACACCAAGUUCUUUGACCACAUCCGUCGGCAGACCGCACUGGACCAGCAGAGGUUUCAGUGUUCUCACUGCUCCAAGAGGUUUGCCACAGAGAGGCUGCUCCGUGACCACAUGAGAAACCACGUGAACCAUUACAAGUGCCCCCUGUGUGACAUGACCUGCCCGCUGCCCUCCUCCCUGCGCAAUCAUAUUCGUUUCCGGCACAGUGAGGAGCGGCCGUUCAAGUGUGACUACUGUGACUACAGCUGCAAGAAUCUCAUUGACUUGAGGAAACAUCUGGACACACACAGCAAAGAGCCAGCCUAUCGCUGCGAGUUUGAGGCUUGCAGCUUCACCGCACGCUCCCUCUGCUCCAUCAAACUGCACUACCGGAAAGUCCAUGAGGGUGACUCAGAGCCCCGGUACAAGUGCCACGUCUGUGACAAGUGCUUCACACGUGGGAACAACCUCACUGUGCACCUCAGGAAGAAACACCAGUUCAAAUGGCCCUCGGGGCAUCCUCGCUUCAGGUACAAAGAACAUGAGGAUGGCUACAUGAGGCUGCAGCUGGUGCGCUAUGAGAGCGUGGAGCUGACAGAGCAGCUACUGAAGGACCGUGAGAAGCAGGGAGAGGCCCUCGAUGGCUCGGCUGAGUGUGUGGUGCUGUCUGAGGGUGAGGGCAACCUGCAGGCCAUUGUUCUGGAGGCCCCAGCAGGGGCUCCCUCAGUGGAGAACAGUGACACUGAGCUGCAAGUGGCCCAGCUGCACCCUGCAGCCUACUCUAGUGGCAACCCUGAGACAGCAGGGCCGAGUGCCUUCGUCGGAGCAGCGCUGUCCUUGGAGCAAGAACCCAGCACCCCAACCAACCCCAUCAUCCGUGUGAUGAACUGGACCAACGAGCUUGGGGAGAGUGAGACUGUUUAUUGUGUCAUAGCUGGUGAGGAGGAGCGGGCCGCGGUGCCUAGUGGGCUGGCUAUGGAGCUGGAGGAGAAUGUCAUGGACCGUCUGCAGAAGACAGCUGAGGAGCUGGGCAUCCAGAUUGUGUGAGGUGCUCAUCUGCCUCCCUGCGUAUGGAAAACACAGGCCUCUGUGGGAUGUGCUGGUGUGAUCUGGUUGUGAUGUGCUGGGGAAGAGGGCUGACCGGGUCUCUUCCCACGUGCAGCUGGCUAGCUUCCUUCUCUGUUGCUCCAGCCUCACUGGCUGCCAGUUCUGGUCUGUGUGGGGAGGUGGAAGGGGCUGGUCUCAGCUGCCAGACAAGAGAUUUGAGCUGAAAGAGCUGUCUCCCUCUUUUAGGGAUUAGGGGCAAGCCUCUCCCACCCUUCCACAAGGUUCAGUCUUUGCCUGGCCCAGGCCUUUUCUGCCUGGUUGCUCACUGGUGAUGUGGUCCCUGCUGCUGUGUAGCCACGCUGUCAGGUCUUCCUGAGCCUGGUCUUCAGUCAGGACCUCCCCGAGCAGGGAGCUGUGCUGAGCAGACGCGGCAGGUGAGACCUGUGGCCCUCAGGCCUGUUCUCCCCCAUACCUUGUUCCCCAAGGGGUGGCUUGCUCCACUUCUGCCUCUGUCAGCAUUUCCCUUCAGGAUGUCUCCUAACUCACUCAGCCAGUGCUGUUAACAGCAUUUGCACUGCUGAUCCCCAUAUACUGCAUUGAUCUUGUGAGAGGAGAGGGUUGGAGGUGCUACAGGCUACUGCUUCCCUGCAGCACUGGGGGUUUGGGGGCUUCCCAAUGCUUUUGUUCUUCCCUGAGUUUCCUCCCCACAUUGGGGUUUGGGCUCCUGACCAGGCAAAGUGUACUUGGGAGUGACUAAUAAAAAGCCAGAA